GCCUUCGGGCCCCUCGGCUGUGCCGAGAAGCGGGCAGGAGCUCGAGGGGACAGUGGCCCCGAGAGGGAGGGACAGUCUGAGCCAGGACUACGACGGCAGGGCCUGGGAACUGCCCCGCAGGGCUGGGAGGGCAACGGAGGAUGUUGGGGCCGCGACGAGAGUGGGGUCCGAGCCUGAGGUCCCCAGGGGCGGCUGGGUCGGGGUGUGGAGGAAGUCUGACUUCAGCGACACCACCACCUCGCCGGGUGGGAGGCGCAGAGGCGGGAGGAGGUGGAUGCUGGCGGUCUAAACCGGCGCCGCCCGGCCUUUUCCGGGGCAGCGUAGUUUCCCUGAUUCGGUGCGGUAAAAAUGUGCCUAGUCACGGGGCCGCGCUCGGGGGAGCUGAGGUCUCUCCGCCCCAAGCCCUCCCCAACCCCCGUCCUACGGACGCGGUAAGCUCGGCCGUCUGUGGCCUCAGCCCGAGAGCUGGUCUGUAAGAUCACGCCUGUCCGUCUUGAUCCUGAAAAGCCCAGCCCUCCGGGGGCGGAGGAGAAAGUCACCGGGUGGCCCUCGUGCUCUGGCGCCCCGACGGGCGGCCUGCCGGCAGGGCUCCGCACGCUCCCUCGGCCUGGGAACCCGGGGAUAGUCUCGCGCCGGACGCAAGGACGUGCAGACCUGGGCGGCGGGCUCCGAGGACAUGGAUUUGAUUGACAUCCUUUGGAGGCAAGACAUAGAUCUUGGAGUAAGUCGAGAAGUGUUUGACUUUAGUCAGCGACAGAAGGACUAUGAGCUGGAAAAACAGAAAAAACUCGAAAAGGAAAGACAAGAGCAACUCCAGAAGGAACAGGAGAAGGCCUUUUUCGCUCAGUUUCAACUGGAUGAAGAAACGGGAGAAUUCCUCCCAAUUCAGCCAGCCCAGCACAUCCAGACAGACACCAGUGGAUCUGCCAGCUACUCCCAGGUUGCCCACAUUCCCAAACAAGAUGCCUUGUACUUUGAAGACUGUAUGCAGCUUUUGGCAGAGACAUUCCCAUUUGUAGAUGACCAUGAGGUUUCUUCACCUGCAUUUCAGUCGCUUGCCCUGGAUGUUCCCAGCCAUGUUGAAAGUUCAGUCUUCACUGCCCCUGAUCAGGCUCAGUCCCUUGAUAGCUCUCUGGAGGCAGCCAUGACUGAUUUAAGCAGCAUACAGCAGGACAUGGAGCAAGUUUGGCAGGAGCUAUUUUCCAUUCCCGAAUUACAGUGUCUUAAUACCGAAAACAAGCAGCUGGCUGAGACUGCUGCUGUUCCCAGCCCAGAAGCCACACUGACAGAAAUGGACAGCAAUUACCAUUUUUACUCAUCGAUCUCCUCGCUGGAAAAAGAAGUAGGCAACUGUGGUCCACAUUUCCUUCAUGGUUUUGAGGAUUCUUUCAGCAGCAUCCUCUCCACUGAUGAUGCCAGCCAGCUGACCUCCUUAGACUCAAAUCCCACCUUAAACACAGAUUUUGGUGAUGAAUUUUAUUCUGCUUUCAUAGCAGAGCCCAGUGGCGGUGGCAGCAGUCCUUCCUCUGCUGCCAUCAGUCAGUCACUCUCUGAACUUCUGGCCGGGACUAUGGAAGGCUGUGACCUGUCACUGUGUAAAGCUUUCAACCAGAAGCACACCGAAGGCACAGCGGAAUUCAAUGACUCUGACUCUGGCAUUUCACUGAACACGAGCCCCAGCCGAACGUCCCCGGAGCACUCUGUGGAGUCUUCCAUUUACGGAGACCCGCCGCCUGGGUUCAGUGACUCGGAAAUGGAGGAGCUAGAUAGUGCCCCUGGAAGUGUCAAACAGAAUGGUCCUAAAGCACAGCCAACACAUGCUUCUGGAGAUACAGUACAGCCUCUGUCACCAGCUCAAGGGCACAGUGCUCCUGUGCAUGAAUCCCAAUGUGAAAAUACAACAAAAAAAGAAGUACCUGUGAGUCCUGGUCAUCAAAAAGUCCCAUUCACAAAAGACAAACAUUCAAGCCGCUUAGAGGCUCAUCUCACAAGAGAUGAGCUUAGGGCAAAAGCUCUCCAUAUCCCAUUCCCUGUCGAAAAAAUCAUUAACCUCCCUGUUGAUGACUUCAAUGAAAUGAUGUCCAAGGAGCAAUUCAAUGAAGCUCAGCUUGCAUUAAUCCGAGAUAUACGCAGGAGAGGGAAGAAUAAAGUCGCCGCUCAGAACUGUAGGAAAAGGAAGCUGGAGAACAUUGUGGAGCUGGAGCAAGACUUGGGCCACUUAAAAGACGAGAGAGAAAAACUACUCAGAGAAAAGGGAGAAAAUGACAGAAACCUCCAUCUACUGAAAAGGCGGCUCAGCACUUUGUAUCUUGAAGUCUUCAGCAUGUUACGUGAUGAGGAUGGAAAGCCUUACUCUCCCAGUGAAUACUCUCUGCAGCAAACCAGAGAUGGCAAUGUAUUCCUUGUUCCCAAAAGCAAGAAGCCAGAUACAAAGAAAAACUAGGUUCGGGAGGAUGGAUCCUUUUCUGAGCUAGUGUUUGUUUUGUACUGCUAAAACUUCCUACUGUGAUGUGAAAUGCAGAAACACUUUAUAAGUAACUAUGCAGAAUUAUAGCCAAAGCUAGUAUAGCAAUAAUAUGAAACUUUACAAAGCAUUAAAGUCUCAAUGUUGAAUCAGUUUCAUUUUAACUCUUAAGUUAAUUUCUUAGGCACCAUUUGGGAGAGUUUCUGUUUAAGUGUAAAUACUACAGAACUUAUUUAUACUGUUCUCACUUGUUACAGUCAUAGACUUAUAUGACAUCUGGCUAAAAACAAACUAUUGAAAACUAACCAGACCACUAUACUUUUUUAUAUACUGUAUGAACAAGAAAUGACAUUUUUAUAUUAAAUUGUUUAGCUCAUAAAAAUUAAAAGGAGCUAGCACUAAUAAAGGAAUAUCAUGACUUAAAUUACUUUGGAUUGUUUGA